AAAAAAGAACAAUAUAUGAAGAACAUGAAGAUGAUGAAAGUGAUGAUAAAGGAGAUGACGAUGAUUAUGAUGAUAAAGUAGAUGACGAUGAUUGUGAUUAUAAUGAAUUAAAUAAAAGUGGAGUGAUUUUACCAUAUGAGAAAGAAAAGGACGAUGUUUACAAAAUAGAAGAUCAGCAUGAAUGGGUUGAUAAUGGAAAAAUAGAAAAAGACAAAAGUAAAUAUAUAAAUUUGGAACAUACAAGUGACGAACAUAUAUAUGAUUAUUAUAAUAUACAUGAUGAUGAAGCUAUAAAAAUUGUUGAUGUAGAGAGAAUAAUAAAAGAAAAGAAAGAAAGAUGGAAGUGGAAAACUAUAAUAGAGAUUCAAAUGGCUGUCAUUGAAGAGAUACAAAAUGAAGAAUGGGAAAUGAAGAAGGAAGAUUUUUUAUUUAUAUGUAUAAACGAAUUUGUGAAUGAUAAGGAUAGGAAAUGUUUAUAUAACGAAGACGACGAUUUCAAUAGUACAGAAGUUAUGAUAAAAGGACAACGUUUCUUAUGGAAUAGAUGGAUGGAAAGACAAACAUAUAUUCUAGAUAAAUGGAAAGAAGAAGAAUCAUUUAUGUAUUUAAAAAAUGAUUGGAAGAGAGAAGAAGAUGAAUAUAUGAAAAAAAUAUACAAAGAGUUGUUGAUUAGUUUGAGGGGUGAUACAUAUAAUAUGUCACAGAAACAGAAGCUUAUUUGGAGAAGGUGGGUAGCAAAACAUCCAUAUAGAAUAAGAGAAAAAACGAUUGGUGAAUGGUUUGAUAAAUUAUUUGAAGAAAUAAAUAAAAAUGGUAUAAUA